AUGUCGAAAUGCCAACCUCGAACGAACGGGAAUCAUUCAAUCGUGGAAUCUUUCCAGCAUGACAACUCACUGUUGGCCCUGAUAGGCAGUAUUUUCUCUCGUUACAACUCACAGUCGAUCCCCACCUACCACACCAGAGCUGGUAAUCGAUUUGGUAUCAUUCCUGAAAGUUCCGUUAAAAGUGACCCAGCUCGUUUGCUGGCCAAAAGGUGCUGCAUUUUGGCGUUGAUUUCCGCAUCGCCAAGCUUCAUCAAUCAAUUCUGCUGGCCUCUUCCAGAUGAAACCGCUGACUUCAUUCGACAGGUGCACUGGCCAUCAUCUCGCACCAACGGGAAGCCGGUUUUCGUUCAGGCAAAGGCGGAUUCGGUGGAAAAUGUGCGGUUCUUGGACACCCGGGAGACUCACCAACAGCUCGUCCUCGUCGAUGUGGCCUGUCCGGGAACGGGUAAGCUACUUCGGGAGGCCCACCAUCGAAUCUACCACCGGACCCGAAAUUCAAUGAAAAGUGAACUGCUUAGCGAAGAGAUUGGCAUCUGGUGUAAUGGAACCAUUGAGGACAAACGAGCAGGUCGUUCGGUUUCAGUUCGAAGGAAGAAUCUGCAACAGCUGCCGCUGCGGACCACGCUUCUGUUCACCGAUAAUCAGACAAAUCGGCAAAUCGAUACACACAAUCGCAUUUCGUACAUGAUGAUAAACAUUUUAUAUCGGUUCUACAUCAAUGCGUUCGUGAAGCGUUACAGCACAUCGUGGUGCUAUCCGGACCAAAAGACUGGUGACCUGAUUGGUGUGUGCGUCGAUCUGGUCAACAACCACUCGGAAGUGGGAGUCUUUAUGUUUCUUACCACUAGCAGGUUGAAGUUGAUGGACUUCAUUCCUCUGAGUAUUCCUACUCCAAUACUGUUUAUCUUCAAGGCCCCAAAGCUGUCAAUCACGAACAACAUUUACCAGCUACCGUUUGAUCCGAAGCAGGGUAGUUUGCUGGUCUCCAAGUCAGCGUUUCAACGCACCGUGGUUAUGGUUAGCGUCAUUGGACUCAUGUUUUUCCACAUCAGCUACUCCUCCAAGAUAUUUUCGCUUAUCCAGGCUCCCUCAGAACGUAUUGACAGCUUGACUGAACUGCUGAAUUCGAGACUCGAAGUUAGCGCUGACGAUUUGCCGUAUAAUCAUUUCUUUCUCUCUACCUCGACGGAACCAGUUCGAAAGGCGUUGUUCGAGCAAAAGCUUAGACGGAAAGAUGGCUCAUUGAAAGUUCAUUCACUCGAGGAAGGCGUUUCAAAAAUUCAAAAGGGAUUGUUUGCCUUUCACGCGAUCUAUUCGGCCGUCGUACACGUGAUCAGCGAAACGUUUGACGAGACGGAGAAGUGCUUCAUCAGGGAGCUCAAGUUUAUCGAUAGCAGUGACAUCAACCUGGCGGUCCAACGAGACUUCACCUUUCGGGAGCACUUUCAGGUUGGGAUUGCGAAGAUUCGCGAGACCGGGGUGUACAAACGGGAGUUCAUCAUGUAUCGAAUCGACGCGAGGUUGAACUGCGUCAAGGGGGCGAACUUUCAACCGCUGAUCAUGGUGGAUGUACGGUUCGCUGCGGGAUUGAUCGGUGGAGGUUUGCUGGGAGCGUUGAUGUUGCUGGCUAUGGAGAUCGCAUGGAACCGAUAUAAAGUCUCACGGCUGCCGGUGUUUGAGUAUGUCAAUUGA